CCGAUGAACGUUACCGAAAGCUCGUGCGUCGACCAGCGAAUAUAUCCGUUGCGGGCGCGGUGGUGCCGACCAUGGAACGACUGGAGGAGAACAACACCGUCGUCGUCGUAAUACUGUAAUCGACGCGCGGCCGCCGUCGUCACAUACACCACACACACACACACACACACACACACACACACACACACGCGAUGCGAUAAUAUUAUUACCGCGUCCCCGUUCGCUAUUUACUGCCGUCGGUUCUGUCGUUUCCGGUGUUCGGGGCCCCAACAGCGUAUAUACAUAUAUAUAUAAGUACACGGCGACUUGAACACCGAAUUUAAAUGUUUAUUCACACGAAAAAUUUAAUUCGGUAGAACUGGCACUGUGUACCCAAUCGCCUCCAGUGAUAACAUCAUUUCUUUUUCACAUGGAGAAUAUCAGCUGAAAAAUACAAGAUGUCUUGACAAUGAUGCCAAUGGCGGCAACAUGAGACCCUUACCGCCGGGUCAAGAUGACUACUGCAAAAUCCGCAGAGAACGAAACCACCACCACCACCACCAACAUCACCACCACAACGGCGGCGGUGGCGGCAAUGGUGGCACACUGCGCCGGUCGUCGGCGUCUUCGGCCGCGUUGCUGGAACCGCCGUCGCCCGUCGAACGGUACCACGGCACCAUCGAGGGACACUACCGCGUGCACGACCUGGCGCUGGAUCGGUACGUGCCUCCGCCGUCACCCGAACGGUACUCCUCGGCCGCCGGCCGCUCGUACCACCAGCACCAUCACAAUCACCACCAACAGCAGCCGGACGACCGGUACUCGUCGUCGUCGUCGUCAUCGUGUCACGGCUCGACCGUCGGUGGUGGUGGUGGUGGCAGUUCUGGAAGCGGCGGCGGUGGACGCAAUCACUAUCUGCCGGUGUCGCAGAGCACGUCUGAAAGCUUCAUGUCACCGCCGUCGCCGGUGGCCGAACGGUUCGACUAUGCCGCGCGUCAUCACGACAGUUACGCCACCGCCGCCAAACGAAACGAAUCCGUUUAUUCGAGAUACCAUUUACCGGCGGAGAGGUUUGUGCCCGUUGUUUCUCCUGACGAUGGUUACGACGGCCACUACGACCGGUGCGACGACGCGUACAGUUCCAGGAAGGAAGCGGCCGCCCUCUAUUCCAGGGCUUCGGCUAUCGUGGACGCAAUGCCUUCCUCGGCGGCCGCACUGUCCAGGGCGUACGCGACAGCCACCAUGAGACCGUCGAACCGCUGCUGUACGGGCCCGUUGUACAGCGGCGGUGACGGCAGCGGUUGCGGUUACCAGUACGGCACCGUCGGCCGAUCGCGGUCGCCCAGGGACCUUUCGCCGUCCGGACUGGUCCGACAGCAAGCCGCCCACUUGUCUUCCACAGGGUCGUCCGCAAAAUGUCCGCCAAACGGCAACAACAACAACAGCAGCAGCAGCACCACCACCACCACCACAACCACCACCACCAUUACCACCAACAAUAACAACAACAACAACAUGUGUCUGCUCCAGUACGACUCGCACACGGCCAACACACUGCCCCGGUGCGGUAGCGCCAAUCUCAUUUGUGCCGCCCAAAGCCAUUACGGCAUCGGGCACGACGAACAGACUGCCACGGGUUACGGCGGCGGUGGACACGCGGCACCGCGCCGCAUCUCGUCCUCGUGCAUCAGGGAGAGCACGGCGUUGGUGUGCUGUUCCACGGCCGCUUUUUCCGGCCAUGCCGUGUUGGCCGGAACCAAAAGUUCGUCUGCAACUACGUCAGCGAUGGCGGUGGCGGCGGCGGCGGCGGCGACGACGGCGACCAUAUCGUCAUCGACCGCGUCAGCCGCCGCUGCCGCAGCAGCCACGUCAUCCACCAACGCCCAUGCUUCCGGAAACGGUUAUACCUCCGGCCAAAACGCACACUGUCCUCAAACUCAACCCAACAGCGCUUCUUGGAAACCUGGGUUCACCAAAGGAUUAACAAUUCAAGCUCAAGCAAAUUCGAGAUCUCCACCACUAUCCAUAACUUCAAGCCCUGGAUCCAUUCAGUCGUCCAGCAGUUCAAGCAGUGGUGUCCAUUCAGCUCCACCUAACAUGGAAUCUGCGGAUGUCCGCAAGUUUGAUCCACCAUUUCGGUCCAUGUCAGCCCCUGCUCCUAGUAUUUCACAACCCUCAUCUUCAUCAACUGUGACUAGUGAUAAUUCCGAAGAAACGGCCAGUACAUGUACAGUGCCUGCCAACAGCAGUGGUUCAGAUCAACCAAAUAGUCCACCAUCAGAAACUGUAUACCAACCAAAGCACUUACACCAUCAAGCAUCUUUACCAAUUUUAUCGACAAAUAUAUUGAACAAACCACAAACGUUUCACAGAUCUACGUCCAAGAAAGAAGCAAUCAAAAAUUUUAUUAAAAGAGAGACUUCUAUGUUUUUUGGACUUGACGAGGAAUUUGAAGAAAUUGAAAAACUUAAAUGGUUGGAUAGAAGAAAACGUUUAGCAGCUAGAAAAUAUGGAGAGUUAAAAAACGAAUACAUUAAUUCAGUUAAUGAAAUUCCUGUAACUCAAAAUUCACAGCCGGAUGUAUUACAGUCUAGUCGGGAUAUUGAUGAAGGAGAUAAUGUAACUCGUAUUCAACCUUUAGGAAGAAAACCAUCUGUUGCUAAAUUAACACUAAGUGGAUUAUCUUUUGUUGUUUCGAAAACUCUAAGUCGCAAGAAAAAAACUGUAUCAACAUCAAGUGAAUGGUCUAGAAGUUAUCCUCCAUCUGCUACUUCUGACGAUUUAACUGUUAUAUCUCAUAUGACUGAUGAUGUAUUUUUUGAUAGACUCUCCUCGGAUAACGGCGACCAAGGGAUAGUACAAGAAGUCGUGGAUUCUAGUGGAAAUUAUGAAAACUCAAUUAGACAUCAUUAUAAAAAAUCACAUCAAAGUUUGAGGAGGUAUUCUAGUUGGCAGAGAAAUCCAUCAAGAAGAGUUGAAGACGAUCAUAUGCCCAACAUUGGUAUGGGUAGAAUUUGGGGCAGAGUAUUAGACAGAGCAUUCGAUAACUCUGAUAGAAGACAAUAUGGAAUGGGUUUUAUUGGAAGAUUAUGCAGGCGUUCUGUAAACAAAACAAUAGCAAACAGAAGAGAUGUAAAACAACAACUUGAUGAUUUAGAAGAUCAUCGGCCAUUUUUUACUUAUUGGGUGACCGUUGUUCAAAUUUUGGUACUAUUUUUAUCAAUAUUUUCUUAUGGUCUGGGACCUUUUGGAAUUGAUCUAAGUCACCAAUCUGGUGCUGUUAUGGUCACAAGUCUAUCAGUACAAAUAAUUGAGUACAUAGAACCAUCAAAUUUUUGGAUAGGACCUCGAGCUGCUGAUUUAAUACAUUUGGGAGCAAAAUUUGCACCUUGCAUGCGAAAAGAUAAAAACAUAAUGAAAGAAAUUGAAAAAUGGAGAGAGAAAGAAAGAGAAACAGCUUGUUGUAUAAGAAAUGAUGACUCUGGAUGUAUUCAAGCAUCAAAAGAACAGUGCACAUUCCUAAUACCAUCUCACAAACGUCUCACGGAUUGGGGUGGUGGAGGAGGAGAUAAUGAUAAACCACCUUCGACUUCAAUUUCUAAAUGGAAAAAAUGGUCAGAAAUUGAAUCAGGACCUGGUGGAAGAAUAUCUGGCUCUGUUUGUGGCCUGGACCCAAAAUAUUGUGAAGCUCCUGCUUCUGUUGCACCAUAUGAAUGGCCUGAUGAUAUAACAAAAUGGCCAAUUUGCCGUAAAAUGAGUGGCAGAGGUAGUGCACGACAUAGCAGUUGGGGUAGUACAGUGAUUAAUCAGAAACUUACAUCUGCUGAACAUAUGAUAUGUGAAGUGAUAGGACAUCCAUGCUGUAUUGGAAUACAUGGCACUUGUCGUAUAACUACCCGAGAGUAUUGUGAUUUUGUUCAUGGAUAUUUUCAUGAUGAUGCUUCAUUAUGCUCUCAGGUUUCUUGCCUUAAUGAUGUAUGUGGUCUCAUACCUUUCUUUUCUCCUGAAAUUCCUGAUCAGUUUUACAGAUUAUGGAUAUCACUUUUUAUACAUGCUGGUAUUCUUCAUUUGGCAACAACCAUCGUCAUACAGUAUUUUUUGAUGAGGGAUUUAGAAAAACUAACAGGCUCUUUAAGAAUAGCAUUAAUCUAUUUGGGUUCUGGAGUGGCAGGUAAUCUUGGCAGUGCAAUAUUUGUACCUUAUAGAGCUGAUGUGGGUCCAGCAGGUUCUCAAUUUGGCCUUUUAGCAUGUCUUAUUGUUGAAGUGUUGAAUUGUUGGCCUAUGUUAAAGAGGCCCGAGCAGGCGCUUUCAAAGCUACUAGCUAUCACAUUCCUGCUGUUUCUGCUCGGGCUACUGCCUUGGGUGGACAACUUUGCACAUCUAUUUGGUUUCAUUUUCGGAUUCUUGUUAUCAUAUGCACUGUUGCCAUUUGUUUCAUUCGGCCCAUAUGACCGCCAAAAGAAAAUAUUCCUGAUCUGGGUGUGCUUGUUAUCUGCAUUGUUCCUGUUUUUGUUGCUGUUACUGCUAUUCUAUUUAAUACCAAUGUAUGAUUGUGAAAUGUGUAGCUAUUUCAAUUGUAUACCCAUUACUAAAGACUUUUGCGCUAAUCAGAAUAUUAAUUUUAAAAAAGAUGAUUAUACAGUAUGACAAAUGUGGUGGCGACGGUGCAAGACCGCGCAUAAGUUAGCGAUGAAAUUUGUGAAUCGUUUUGUGACUUUAGCCACCUCCUGUAAAAUGCUUGAGGUACUUCUUGAUAAUUACACUCUCUUGAUGAUAGUCAAGUUGAGAACAAAUGAACAAAAUAUGGUUAUUAUAGUUAUUAAGAAACUUACUUACUCAGUUUUAUGUUAUUGUGCUAAGAAACCAUUAAAAAUCAAAUUGUAUUGUUUCUUGUAAUAUUAUCUAUGUUAUUAAUAAUGUGUAUUACAUAAUAGUAUUGACUGAAUUA